GGCUGGGCUACGUCGGUGGGCGGCCCAUAAGAGUUGAACUUGACCUGAUCUUUUGGUACAAAAGCGCUAGGGUUAGCGUAGAAACCUUUCGGAGACAGAUUGAUUUCAAUCGUUGCUACUUUAUUUACUCUCCACCUCUUCUUCGCGAAAGAAUCAGAAAACAUGCCGAAGAACAAGGGAAAGGGAGGAAAGAACAGGAAGAGGGGAAAGAACGAAGCAGAUGAUGAGAAGCGUGAGCUUGUGUUCAAGGAAGAUGGACAAGAGUAUGCCCAAGUUCUUCGCAUGCUUGGUAAUGGGCGGUGCGAAGCUAUGUGCAUUGAUGGCACCAAACGUCUUUGCCACAUCCGUGGUAAGAUGCACAAGAAGGUUUGGAUUGCAGCUGGUGAUAUAAUACUUGUUGGGCUUCGUGACUAUCAAGAUGACAAGGCUGAUGUCAUCCUUAAGUACAUGCCUGAUGAGGCAAGGCUUCUGAAGGCAUAUGGUGAGCUUCCAGAGAGCACCCGUCUCAAUGAGGGUAUUGCUGGUGGUCUUGACGAGGAGGAUGAAGGUGCUGGUGAUGAUUACAUUGAGUUUGAAGAUGAAGAUAUUGAUAAGAUCUAGACUUUAUAGAAAUUGGCUCUGGUUGGGGUUUAUGUUUGAUGUUAAAAGAUAUGCUUGAUGUCAAUGUACUGGUAUUAGAAAGCCAAAAAUUAUGUGUUUGCACUCUAUAAAUUUGGAUAUGCUGAGUUUAUUAUAUUCUGUGUAAGGUAUUACCUGCUUAUGCUUUUCUUGA